GGAGAAAUAGUAUCUCAGUGUAAUUUUAAUUUGUUAUAUUUACUUUUUUUCUUUUCCUAUGUUGGGUUUAUUUUUCUCUACUUUAAGUGAGUGUUCAUAUAUUUUUACAUAGUUGAGAAGCAUUGACAUUUCUUUUUUUUCUUUCAACUGUUUAUUCAUAUAUCUUGCCUCAUUUUCUAUUGAGCUAUUGGACAUUUGUCUCUGUAUUAAGUAUUCUUUGUAUAAGAGGAGAAUUAACCCUCUUUGAUAUAGUCUGACAUUCGCAUUUUAAUUGUCCGUGGUGUUCGUUGUCUCCCAUGGUCUUUUACAUGUUUAUGUAGUCAGAUGUAUGAAUCCUUUUCCUUACAACCUUUCAAAUCUUAGAAAGAGUUGCCCCGCCCCUAGGUUACAAAAGAUUGGUCUGAGUUUCUUCUAGUAUUUAGGUGGAUUGAUUUUUAGUAUUAUGUUUCUAAUGUAUUUAGCAUGUGAAUGGCAUGAAGAUGUGGGUGCAGUUUUGUCUUUUUCUGUGUGGUUUUGUAGUUAUCCCAAUGCUGGUUAUUAGUCCAUCUUUCUCCCCAUUGCUGUGAGAUGCUGUCUUACGGAAGAUAAAUGCCUUACGAUACAAUUGAACUGGAUACUCAUGAAUAUAGUAGACCAAUUUGGUCUAUUUCUGAAUUGUCUGUUUUUGUUUUCCAUUCUGUCUCUGUUCACACACAUGUCCUACUGCCUUAAUUAUAGGGGCUAAAAUAUUUUACUAUCUGGUACAGCUGGCCCUCCCUCAUCGUUCUUCUCUUUGUUGACUCUACAGGCUAAUUUUCUUUCUUCAUUCAUCCAAAUGAAAUUUAUAGUCAACUAUUUUAGCUGCAGAGAAAAAAAUGGUGACAAAUUUUUUACAAUUUAUAUUUCUAUAAAAUCACAUUAAAGAAGUAUCUAUUAAAAUAGCGUUGAAUUUGGGGAAAUGUCUGUUCUGCAUCAAAAGACUCCUGGUAGUGACAUGGCGGAUCCUCAGGACAACACUCUGAGGAUUAUUCUGGUGGGGAAAACUGGAAGUGGGAAGAGCGCAACGGCCAACACCAUCCUGGGGAGUAGAGUCUUUGACUCUAGAAUUGCUGCCCAUGCUGUCACUCCCAAGUGUCAAAAAGCAUCCAAGGAAUGGAAGGGGAGGAAACUUGUUGUUGUUGACACCCCAGGGCUCUUUGACCCCAAGGAGACCCUGUAUACCACAUGCAGGGAAUUCAGCCAGUGUGUCCUCUACUCCUGUCCUGGGCCCCACGCCAUCAUCUUGGUCCUCCAGGUGGGCCGCUACACGGAGGAAGAGCAGAAGACCGUGGCAUUGAUCAAGACUGUCUUUGGGAAGCCAGCCUUGAAGCACAUGAUCGUGUUGCUCACUCACAAAGAUAUCUUGGAGGAGAAGAGCCUGAGUGACUUCUUAGCAGAUUCAGAUGUGAAGCUAAGAAACAUCAUCAGCGAGUGUGGGAACCGCUACUGUGCCUUCAACAACAGAGCUUCAGAGGCCGAGAAGGAAGCUCAAGUGCAGGAGCUGGUGGAGCUGAUAGAGGAGAUGGUGCGGAGCAACGGAGGGGCUUACUUUACCGAUGCCAUUUACAAGGACACAGAGAAGAGGCUGAAGCAACGGGAAGAAUACCUGAAGAAGAUCUACACCGAUCAAUUAAAUAAUGAAAUUAAACUAGUAGAAAAGGAAUAUGCUGAUAAAUCACAGGAAGAACGGGAGGAAAAAAUAAAAUGGCUAAAUAUGAAGUAUGCUGAACAAAUAAAAAAUAUCAGGGAAGAAGCUGGGAUGGAAUUAUUUAGAGAUGGUUCAAAUGGGAUUAUGAGCAUGCUUUCAAAAAUAUGGCAGAUGUUUUGGGACCUUCUGUGUAAGAGGCCCCUUCUCUACACUUUCUCCAAGUACCUAAUGAGAGCAGACUAUCUUUUUCCUAGGAAGCAGCAGGAUUACCUCCUAAUGCUGUGGAUUUUGUUUCCUGAUAUCCCAGGGCUUAGAAACCAAGAUGGCAGAGAUUCACAGUUGAGACUUUUCUUAGUGGGUAAGAUCGGAGCAGGCAAAAGUGCCAUGGGCAACAGCACCCUUGGAGAGAAAGUGUUUCCUUCUAGAAUUGCCACAACAUCUGCCACCAAGACCUGUAAGAAAGGGAGCAGCAGGUCAGGUAAGAGAAAGUGUGUCAUGGAUAUACCAGGCAUUUUUGACACCGAGGCACAGGAUGCUGACACCUGCAAAGAGUUUACUUGCUACAUCUUCCUGACCUCCCCAGGACCUCACACCCUGCCCCUGAUGGGACAGCUGGUCCCGUACAUGCAGGAAGAGCACAAGGUUGGAGAAGAUCCAGUAAAUUUUGGACUCAGAGCUAGGAGGUACAUGAUUCUCUUUUUCACCCGGAAAGAUGACUUGGAUGGCAUCAAUUUCCAUGAUUACUUAGAGGAAGCACCCGAAGGCAUCCGAGGGCUCGAGGGUUUCCAGAGCAGGUUGGAAUGGGUGUACUGGCUAAAUCUGAAAAAGUCUAUCUCUGCCUGGGUCUGGGUUCCUUCACUAGGUCCACCCAAUCUGAGCUUCCUGCCUCAGAGGUGUAAAGGGUGCAAACACUUUUUCCUCUCAGUUAAACAAAAGCAGCAGCUCAAACAGCUUCUUUGGAGAACACUGGGGAACUCAUCAGCUCAUUGGAAAGAAGAGGCUCCUGGUAGUGACAUGGCGUACCCUCAGGACAACACUCUGAGGAUUGUACUAGUGGGGAAAACUGGAAGUGGGAAGAGCGCAACGGCCAACACCAUCCUGGGGAGUAGAGUCUUUGAGUCUAGAGUUGCUCCCCAUGCUGUCACCUCCAGCUGUCAAAGAGCAUCCCAGGAAUGGAAGGGGAGGAAACUUGUUGUUGUUGACACCCCAGGGCUCUUUGACACCAAGGAGACCCUGGAUACCACAUGCAGAGAAAUCAGCCAGUGUGUCCUCUACUCCUGCCCUGGGCCCCAUGCCAUCGUGUUGGUCCUACAGCUGGGCCGCUACACAGAUGAAGAGCAGAAGACCGUGGCAUUGAUCAAGGCUCUCUUUGGGAAGCCAGCCUUGAGGCACAUGAUCAUAUUGUUCACUCGCAAAGAUAACUUGGAGGAGAAGAGCCUGAGUGACUUCUUAGCAGAUGCAGAUGUGAAACUAAGAAACAUCAUCAGCGAGUGUGGGAACCGCUACUGUGCCUUCAACAACAGAGCCUCAGAGGCUGAGAAGGAAGCUCAAGUGCAGGAGCUGGUGGAGCUGAUAGAGGAGAUGGUGCAGAGCAAUGGAGGGGCUUACUUUACUGAUGCCAUUUACAAGGACACAGAAAAGAGGCUGAAGCAACAGGCAAAAGUCCUGAGGAAGAUCUACACUGAUCAAUUAAAUAAUGAAAUUAAACUAGUAGAAAAGGAAUAUGCUCAUAAAUCACAGGAAGAACAGGAGGAAAAAAUAAAAUCUCUAAAGAGGAAGUAUGCUGAACAAACAAAAAAUAUCAGGGAAGAAGCUGAGAAGGGCAUAUUUGAACAUGUUUUAAAUGUGAUUAUGUGGGUGCUUCCAAAAAUAUGGUAUAUGUUUUGGUAGUAAAGUCCAUUUCAUUUUUUCUUCUGAAUUUAUGAUGAUUUGCGAUAGUGGUAGAUUGUAGUUUCCAUAGACAACUGUGACAAUAGCUUCUACUUAUUCUUCCUAUAACCUGACCCUGUUACUCCUGCCACUGAGUUGUGGGGCCUGUGUCCUCUACCUUGGAACUGAGCAGAUCUGGGACUGUUUCAAUUAAUAGCAGAUGGUUGAAGCAACACCUUGUACUCUAAGGUUACAUAUGGGCAAUGCUUCCUUGUCCUCUUGGGGUUCUUGCCCUUGGAACUUGACUGUCAUGUUGUGAGAAAGCCCAGGCUGCCUCUUGAGAGGCCCCCAUGCAGAGGGCCUGAAGUCGCUGGCCCACUUCCCAGCUCACCUUUCAUUUGUGACUCACACCAACUUGCCCGCCAUGCAAAUGAGGCAACUUUGGCUGUCCCAGAAGCGGGCCCUCCGGAUGCCCUGCCAUCUCAGGCGAAGUUGCAGAAAGCAAAGAUGAUCCAUUCCCAUUGAGUCCUGCCCAAAUUGCAGCUUUAUGAGAACAAAUAAAUGAUGGUUUUGUUUUU